UGCGACCACUUUAGCGCACUGACACUUUCCAAUUGGAUUCUCACUGCCAAUUGGUUUCAAUUGACUAUCAGCAGCAGCAACCGGUGUUUUUCCAAAAUAUCAUCGUUUCUUUUUAUAAACAGUUGUAAUUAACAAAAAAUUAUCAUUUUUAAUAAACACACAGAGCGAGCAACAUGAUUAAGAACGCUGUAUCUCUUGUAACUGGUGGUGCGUCUGGUUUGGGUCGCGCAACAGUCGAAAGGCUGGCACGUCAAGGCGCUCGUGUUGUAUUGGCCGAUUUGAGCAGCUCGAAAGGCAAUGAAGUGGCACGAGAAAUUGGUGAUAAUGUGAUCUUUGUACCAGUCGAUGUGACAUCCGAGAAGGAUGUACAAACCGCUGUGCAGACGGCUAAGGAAAAAUUUGGACGUCUUGAUUUGACUGUGAAUUGUGCCGGCACAGCUGUAGCUGUUAAGACAUACAACUUCAAUAAGGAUAUUCCUCACCGUUUGGAUGAUUUUGCACGCGUACUUACGGUCAACACUGUUGGCACAUUCAAUGUCAUACGUCUAUCGGCCGGUGUAAUGGGUAUCAACGAACCCAAUAAGGACGGUCAACGUGGUGUUAUUGUGAACACCGCUUCUGUGGCUGCAUAUGAUGGUCAAAUUGGACAAGCCGCUUAUUCGGCUUCGAAGGCUGCUGUAGUUGGCAUGACUUUGCCAAUUGCACGUGAUCUGAGUACACAGGGCAUUCGUGUGUGUACCAUUGCGCCGGGUCUGUUCAACACACCAAUGUUGCAGGCUUUGCCAGAGAAGGUGCGAACCUUCUUGGCGAAAUCCAUUCCCUUCCCUCAACGUUUGGGUGACCCAACGGAAUACGCUCAUUUAGUGCAGGCCAUUUAUGAAAAUCCAUUGUUGAAUGGUGAAACCAUCCGUAUUGAUGGUGCACUCCGCAUGCAACCUUAAAUCGCUUAUUAAUCAACCAUUAAUCUCAUCGGUGAAUUAGCGCACUCAUCAGGUUAUAUUGUUGCAUUUAAUCGGGAAAUAUUGUUUUUCUUUAUAAAUCUAGGCAUAAACAUAACGUUAUACAUGUAUUCGUAUUCAAAAGUCGAUACUAUAUUUUUGUAAUAUUCUAAAGUUGAGAAUAAAGUGAAAUAUUUUUUAAACACUUUUUAUUAAAAUGAUA